CGCCCCCCCAGUGGCGCUGCCCCCUCCAAAUGAGCGAUUCGCCCGCUGGAUCUAACCCAAGGACACCCGAAAGCAGCGGCAGCGGCAGCGGCGGCGGCGGGAAGAGGCCGGCGGGGCCGGCAGCGGUGUCCCUCCUGCCACCGGCGGACCCCCUGCGCCAGGCGAACCGGCUCCCUAUCAGGGUCCUGAAGAUGCUGAGCGCUCACACCGGCCACCUCCUGCAUCCGGAGUACCUGCAGCCGCUGUCUUCCACUCCCGUCAGCCCCAUUGAGCUGGACGCCAAGAAGAGCCCAUUGGCGCUGCUGGCCCAGACUUGCUCGCAAAUCGGCAAGCCGGACCCGCCGCCCUCGUCGAAGCUCAACUCGGUGGCGGCGGCUGCCAACGGGCUGGGAGCAGAGAAGGACCCUGGCCGCUCCGCCUCCGGUGCCGCCUCCGCGUCUGCGGCGCUCAAGCAGCUGGGGGACUCCCCAGUCGAGGACAAGUCCAGCUUCAAGCCCUAUUCCAAGGGCUCCAGCGGCGAUUCCCGUAAAGACAGCGGCUCAUCCUCUGUGUCCUCCACCUCUUCCUCGUCCUCCUUGUCCCCGGGAGACAAGGCAGGCUUCAGGGUCCCCAGCGCCGCCUGCACGCCCUUUCCCCCGCAUGGAGCGCCAGUCUCCACGUCGUCGUCCUCGUCUUCGCCCGGUGGUUCCCGGGGCGGCUCCCCGCACCACUCUGACUGCAAGAACGGCGGCGGUGGGGGUGGCAGCGCGGAGCUGGACAAGAAAGACCAGGAGCCCAAGCCCAGCCCGGAGGCUGUAGCCGGCAGCCGCGGCAGCAGUGGGGAGCCUGGCUCACACGGCGGCGGUGCCGAGGUCGGCGCCUCUGGGCGCAAGUCGGAGCCGCCCUCGGCGCUGGUGGGGGCCGGCCAUGUGGCGCCGGUGUCACCCUACAAACCGGGUCACUCAGUUUUCCCGCUGCCACCCUCCAGCAUCGGCUACCACGGCUCCAUCGUGGGCGCAUACGCCGGCUACCCGUCUCAGUUCGUGCCUGGCCUGGAUCCUAGCAAGUCUGGCCUCGUGGGAGGCCAGCUGUCGGGGGGCCUGGGCCUGCCACCCGGCAAGCCCCCCAGCUCAAGCCCACUCACCGGGGCCUCCCCGCCCUCCUUCCUGCAAGGAUUAUGCCGCGACCCCUACUGCCUGGGAGGUUACCACAGCGCCUCGCACCUUGGUGGCUCCAGCUGCUCCACUUGCAGCGCGCACGACCCAGCCGGGCCCAGCCUGAAGGCCGGGGGCUACCCGCUGGUGUACCCCGGGCACCCGCUGCAGCCCGCCGCGCUCUCAUCCAGUGCCGCCCAGGCCGCGCUCCCAGGCCAUCCCCUCUACACUUACGGCUUCAUGCUGCAGAACGAACCGCUGCCACACAGCUGCAACUGGGUAGCGGCCAGCGGGCCCUGCGACAAGCGCUUUGCCACCUCAGAGGAGCUGCUCAGCCACCUACGGACUCACACGGCCCUGCCGGGCGCAGAGAAACUUCUGGCCACCUACCCUGGGGCCUCGGGCCUGGGCAGCGCCGCUGCAGCAGCUGCAGCCGCCGCCACCUGCCAUCUGCACCUCCCCCCGCCCUCCGCCCCAGGCAGCCCCGGGUCGCUGUCAUUGCGGAGUCCACACACUUUGGGGCUAAGCCGGUACCACCCCUAUGGCAAGAGCCACUUAUCCACAGCUGGGGGCCUGGCCAUGCCAUCCCUCCCCACAGCCGGACCCUACUACUCGCCAUAUGCGCUGUAUGGACAGAGACUAGCCUCAGCCUCCGCGCUUGGAUACCAGUAACUACAGCUCUUCCUCCCACCUCCUUUCUGACCCUCCCUCCUCCCUCUCCCCAGCCUCCUGGCCUGGCCGCUGCAACCUCCACUACUGCUUGUCCCUGCCAGAUUCCCCGCCCAGACCCUCCCCACUGGACUGUGUAUUUAUUUACUAUAAUGUUAGCUUACAAGCUGGGAAUAUAAGUGCAUUAACGGCCCACACGAGUCAAUGGUAUGCAAAAAGUCUGUGUUCCCCCAAAUAAUAUUAAUCACACAAGUAACGACAUGUUCCCUGCCCCUCUUCCUUUAAUUUCUUUCUUAGAUAUAAGUUUUAAUUUUUUCCUUUUUUUUUUCUUUGGUUUGGUUGUAGGGGAACAGGGAGAGUUGGGGUUCUGGGGUUCUUCUCUUUGUUUUGUUCUCCCUUCCUGGGGAGUUUCUUGCAUGCUUCUUAACCAUUAAAACUACACUUCAUUUCCCCCUUUUCCUCUUUCCCCUUCAUUCCCCCAUUUCCUCCCAUUUGAGGUUCUGUUUUUACCUUUGUACAUGGAACAGAGAGGAGAUAUUUUUUGUCAUGCAUUUGGGGAAUGCAAGGAGGGGCCUUCGUGGCAGGAGGUCUUACCUCUUUUGACCCAGAACUCUGCUCUGUGACUUCUCCCCUGCAACCCUCUCCUAGGGUCCCUGGUCUUUGUCCUGGCCCCCCGAAUUAGAGCCUUUCUCCCCUACUUGCUCUGAGCGCGGACUGAGAGAGGGGCCCCAGUGGCCUAGGACAGAGCCCUUCUACUUCCAGGCUUUUCAGGCCCCAAACAGCCAGUGGUCACACUACCCGCUGGUGGGGGCCUGUAGGGCUCAUCCUACUCGAUUAAAAGUCCUAGGAGGGCUUGCUGGCAUGAUACUUGGCUCUCUAUAUUUUGCGAAGUGCUUUUAUAGUCGUUGUUUUUCUCCGUUAUUGGGGUAGCGGUCCCUCUCCUGGCGGUGGGGGUGGCGUCUGUGAUCCUUGCUAGAUUCCUCCAAAGCAGACCAGUGGCCCCAUCUGCGGGCAGUACAACCUUUUAGCUCCGUUGGGGGAAGAUUGGGCAGCAAGGGAGCACACAUAUUUCAAUAGCCCCCUUCACCCCUUCCCAGGCCAGACCCAACAGAUUCCCCAAAGUUAGGGGCUUCCUUGGGCUCCCUCAGUGACUGGGAUUGAAGACUCAGCCCCUGGGUCUUCUUCCCCACACCGUUCUUCUUCCUGGUCUUGCGCAGCAUCGCGGGGGCUGCGGGGCCUAUUUGGGAUGAAUAGAGCUCUCCCUUGGUAAGACUUAUUUUGUUAAUAAAUGAAAUACUUGGCUAUAUUCACACCGUGGUGUGUUUCUCUCUUGCCUUACCCACCACCCCACUUCCAGAUACCUAAGCAGAUGCCUUUCUUUUAUACUUGUUUAAAAUAUCUUACAGUUUCCUUCUCAGAUUUCCAUGCA